GCCUUUUUUCCGGUGGGUUACCUCGCCCCGGAAGAUAUAACCCUGUUGGGAGGCCGACUUCCUUUUUCUAGCGAGUCCGGAGCCAGACCGCGCGAGAUGGGCCGAGUGAUCCGUGGUCAGAGGAAGGGUGCAGGCUCCGUCUUCCGCGCUCACGUGAAGCACAGGAAAGGGGCUGCUAAGCUCCGGGCUGUCGACUUCGCCGAGAGGCAUGGUUACAUUAAGGGUAUCGUAAAGGACAUAAUCCAUGAUCCAGGCCGAGGGGCCCCUCUUGCAAAAGUAGCUUUCCGGGAUCCUUACCGAUUUAAAAAGAGGACAGAGUUGUUUAUUGCUGCUGAAGGCAUCCAUACUGGCCAGUUUGUGUACUGUGGUAAGAAAGCCCAGCUCAACAUUGGCAACGUUCUCCCGGUUGGCACUAUGCCUGAAGGGACCAUAGUAUGCUGUCUUGAAGAAAAGCCUGGGGAUCGGGGCAAGCUUGCCCGUGCAUCUGGAAACUAUGCCACAGUGAUUUCCCACAAUCCUGAAACCAAGAAGACACGGGUGAAGCUACCUUCAGGCUCUAAGAAAGUGAUCUCCUCUGCAAACAGAGCUGUGGUUGGUGUUGUUGCUGGAGGAGGUCGUAUUGAUAAGCCCAUCCUUAAGGCAGGUCGUGCCUACCACAAAUACAAGGCCAAGAGAAACUGCUGGCCUCGUGUCCGGGGUGUGGCCAUGAAUCCCGUGGAACAUCCCUUCGGAGGAGGUAAUCAUCAGCAUAUUGGAAAACCAUCCACCAUUCGAAGAGACGCACCAGCUGGACGAAAGGUUGGUCUCAUCGCUGCCCGGCGCACUGGUCGACUCCGGGGUACCAAGACUGUACAAGAGAAGGAAAACUAAAGUACGGAAUCCAGACAAUAAAAAUUAUUUUGGAGAUUGUGUAAA